AUGCGCAAGCGAGAUCAAACGCGGCUGCUUCUUAGUCUGCGCGUGCCCAAGAACCUGGCGCCCCAAGUUCCGCAUCCGCUCAAGCAGCUCGCGCAUAACCAUCGCAAAGACUCACCACCGCUUGUGGACGCGGAAUGUCAGAAGCGCUGGAUUGUGAAAUUUAUAUUGGGUCACGAGAACCCUCGUCGCGAAACGACAUCGUCGCGACUCCAUGCGCGCGCAAGUAUCUUGUACGUUGGCUCGGGUAUUCACCCGAGCAGGAUACUUGGGGACCGCGCUCUUCGCUUCUUCGAGACGUUCCAGACGUCGUUUGGGCAUACGCAUCCGUGCAUACGCUUGAUUCAAAUUUGGUUCGACUACCGGAGUGUUCUCGCGGUGAGCGAGAACGAGAAAGACGUCGACGGUGUCGUGAGCGACGACGAGAACGUUGUGGUGAACGUGUAUCACCACGACCACGCGAACGAGAACGUCGUGGUGAACGUGUAUCACCACGACCAAGCGAACGAGAACGUUGUGGUGAACGUGUAUCACCACGACCACGCGAACGAGAACGUCGUGGUGAACGUGUAUCACCACGACCAAGCGAACGAGAACGUUGUGGUGAACGUGUAUCACCACGACCACGCGAACGAGAACGUCGUGGUGAACGUGUAUCACCACGACCACGCGAACGAGAACGUCGUGGCGAGCGUGUGGCACCGCGUCCCCGAGAACGCUGAUGGUGUCAACAUCUUAAAGCACCACGAUUAA